GAUCUCGUGUGCCGUACACACAAUAUAUAUAGAACGUCGCGCACAGUAGUAUCGAUACGCAGCGGCAGUAGGUCGCGGCACUCGGUCCACGCGACGACGAUAUUUUUUGCUCCGACUUUUUUGCCUCGCGGCGAAGGUACACGGGCGCGAUUUUUUUUUGGAUAGUAAUGAAGUGUUUAUUUCGUGCUGUUUUUCCAUUUAUCAUCGAUAACGACCAUUCGUCGCGUAAUCGAGUCAUUUGAUACACGAGAGAAUCGAAAUCAUAGUGCGCCGGUAGGAUAUAAUCGCCGUUGAUCGAAAAGUAUCGUCUGCAUAUAAUUUUACCGACUCGUCGCGUCCUUUUGUCGCCGCGGCGGCGGGGGUUAUCUCCGAGUGCUCGUUGUUUUCAUUUGGCUCGAGUUUAGAUUCUUCCGAGAAAAAAAGUGUGCCGGUUUCGUCUCGUGUGCUGCCGUUUUUACUACGAUAUUAAGAGACAAUAAAACCAUUGUAGCAAAAUGAACGACGACACGUGGGUCACCUGUCCCUACAACAAGGCGCAUCGCGCCCUCAAGUCGCGCUUCCAGAUCCACCUGACCAAGUGCCGGGAGAACCACAAGGGCCAGGGCGGCCAGAAGCAGUGCCCCUACGACGCCAAUCACAUCGUCAACGCCGUCGAGUUCGAGUACCAUCUCGGCGAGUGCGAGUCGCGACUGUCGGUGCUGCACUUCCAGAGCCAGGACCAGGAGGUGAAGCUGAACGUGCCGCCGGCCACGAGGCCGCUGAUGAUCGUGCCGGCCCAGAGCGAGGAGGACUGGGAGACCGAGGCGGCGGGCGGCAGCUGCUACCAGCCCGGCGAGAAUCUCGCCGAUCUGCCGGUGUUCAUUCAGCCCACCGGCUUGGCGCCGGCCGAGCGCAAGAACUUCCGCAGGAACGAGAGGUCCAGGCAUCAGUACAUCGAGAAUAAAGGAAACACGUGGAAGCCAACGGAUAGUUUCGUCAACAAAAAAAUCGUUCAGCCGGUGCAUACCGAGCGAAAAGCCAAACUGUCGACGUCGUCCUGCGAAUCGUUCAACUCGUCGAAUCCGCCGGAAACUCCGGAAUCGUUCCAAGCUCCCGCGCCGAUUACGGCGUGGAAAACCGUCGACGAGUCUGAUAUUUCAUCGGGCAAAUCCGAAUCUCUCGAGGUCGAGGCUUCCUCUUCUACAGGUACAGUACCUCCAGCCCAGUCGGCGGCGUUCAGCUACGCGAACGCCGCGAGAAAAGCCAAGGAAGCGGCGGCGGCCGAUCCGAAAGCCGUCGAGCAGUCGAUAACGUUCGUCAUGAGAACCGAUCCGAAAGCCGACGAGCCAAAAACAGUCGUCGACGAGCAGCCGAAAAAAAUUGCCGCGACGAACAGUUGCUCGUCGUUGUCGUGGAGGUCCGUCGUUGCCGAAUCUAGCAAGAAGGAAAUCGAGAGUCCGUUGAACAGAUCCGCGUCUUCGGUCGAGUCUUCCUCGUCCGCCGGCACUACGACUCAAGCCAAGUCCACGUUCAAUUAUGCGAGUGCCGCGAAAAAAGUCAAAGAGGCAGCUGACACGAAAGUCGAUGAGCAGCCGAGAGUAAUUACAACGACCAACUCAUCGAUCUCAUGGAGAUCCGUUGUCGUUGAAUCGAAUAAGAAAGAAAUGGAAAGUUCAUUGAAUACAUCCUCGUCUUCGGUUGAAUCUUCCUCGUCCGCGGGUGUCGAGACUCAACUCAAGGCAAUAGUCAACUAUGCGAAUGCCGCGAAAACAGCCCGUCGAGGACUUAUCGAGCGGCCAAGACCUCCUCCACCUCAAUCUGAUUCAACGUUCAAUUACGCAAACGUGGCGAAAAAACCAAAAGAAGCGGAUUCCAUAGUCGACGAGCAGCCGAAAACUUGUGCAACGACCAACUCGUCGUCGUCGCUACCAUGGAGAUCCGCUGCCGUGGCAAAGAAGAAAGAAAUCGAAAAUCCAUCCGCAGCUUCUGCACCUGAACCAAAGUCAACGUUCAACUACGCGAGUGUCGCGAAAAAAGAAAAAGAAGACGAUGCAGCAGCAGCAGUGGCCGACGAGCAGCCGAAAACAUUCGCGAGAAUGGCCUCGUCGGCAUGGAGAUCCGCUGCCGAGUCGGAUAAAAAAGAAACCGAGAGUUCAACAAGUAGAUCUACGUCUCCGGUUAAAUCUGCCUGGGCUAGCGUUACCGCAUCUCAAACCAAGUCGACGACUGACUUGCACUACUCGAGAAUCGUGAAUAAAUUCAAAGCCGCCGAUCUAAUAGACGAUGCCUCGUCUACUGGUACUACUGCUGCAUCUCAAUUCAAGUCGACGGUGAACUACUCGAGAUACGCGAAUAAACUCAAAGCCGCCGAGCUAAUAGUCGGCGGUGCCUCGUCUACUGGUACUACUGCCGCAUCUCAAACCAAGUCGACGGUGAACUACGCGAAUCUCGCGACCAAACUCAAGGGAGCCGAGCCGAGAGUCGGUAAGCCGACAAAAACGUUCGAGCAGAUGCACCUUCAAUUGCUAAAAUCAUUUGCCAAGAUCAACUUCAAGUCAAACGUAAAUAAGUUUCAGUUUUCUUCGACUGAGAGUAACAAUUAUUACUAAACCAAAAUGACUGUCAAUUAACCGUUCCUAUUUAUUUUCUUUGAGCAAAUCACGUAACAUUCGUGUGAGAAUUGCAAAAAGUACAUCGAUUACUUUGGUUUAAAAAAAAUGUAGUAAUUGACAUUCCAUAAAACAAAGCUGAUUUCAUGAUUUAUUUUUUUCAAAGAAUUUACUUCUACCAGGGCGAGAUUCGCGUUGAAAUAAUUUUUUUUAGAGGAAGCUCGACGACUCUCUAGUUUGAGAGAAAAUCACCCUGAGAAAGCGAAUUUCGCUCAGAAAAUAAUUUUGAGUUUACGCGCGUUUCUUCUAAAGGUUAUUUCAGUGGGGAUCUCUUUUUUUUUCGAUGGAGUCAAUUCUGUUCAGAUUGUACUUGUAUGCAGCAAAAUUUUUGUUUCUGGGUUUAGCGUAUAAUUUUACUAAAUAAUCAUGACAAAUGUAAUAUGUUUAAUGAUAUCAUAUCGAUAAAAUAAAUAUUUUUUUGUAUUUUUUCUUUGUAA